GUCCAUGCUGAGAGGUACAGUAGAUAGACACAGAGUAGAGAGAGGAGAAGAAACACAGAAAGGACCUCCUCUCUCUUUAUAUUUCUCUGUACCUGUCUCAUUCUUUACUUCUUCUGCCUCUCUUCUUCCCUUCCUCUUCUUCUUCUGUGGUUUGAUAGACUCAGGUGAGAGAUGGGAUGUGGAAAUUCCUCACCAGCCACCAACAACAACAACAGCAGCAGCAGCAACGACACUGGAGGUCCUCAGGAGUCUUCAUCAAAGGUAUUAGAGGAGUCUGUGCCAGAAGACGACAAACGGAAAAACUAUGGAGGUGUGUAUGUGGGUUUCCCUUCAGACCUGAGCAACAUUCCUCAAGUCCAGAUAGGAUCACUCAGAGAGCAUGAGAGAGACUUGUUGUCCCUCAGGAGGCCGCUGUGGGGGGACGGACUCUAAUUAUAAUGAAGAGCCAGGUUCAAGAGAAGAAUGAUACGGCAGAAGAGGAAGAAACCUUGCAGGCGUUCUUCAGGUCCUCAAUGUAUUUGUCAUCAGGAACUCACCAAGUCUCAGAUGGGAGAACAGCAGCACCCAGCGGAGCCAAUCUCCUCUCCCAGCGUCCUCCGUGAGGACUUUAAUGGGAUCAGCUUCACCUGGUUUAACUGACUGUGGAGCCUGUUGUGUCAAACAAACAAACCGGUUAAAGACAUUUGUGCUUUUAUGGAAGCAGAUGGACUUCUAAAAACGACGGUUUUGCUGUUUAAAAAGAGCCGUUUAGAUCGUUCCAUGAAGAAGCUGCAGGGUUUUUAUCCCAGCGAGUCGACUCCACUGGGUGAACUUCGUUUACUGCAUGUUGUGUAGCUGCUUAAUGAAGCGCCAGCAGCAGGUGAUACAGUGAAUGUCUAUCAGCUGAUUAUCAGUAAAUGGCAGAUAAGAGAGGCGGAAGCUGUGGGUAGCUCUGCAUGUUGAGGGUGAGUAGAACUAAUUUAAGGUCUGAAUAUCAAGUAGGACUAGAUGUAAAACACAUUAAAGGAUAGGUUUGGUUAUAUUCAGUCAAUAAAACCCAUAAAAACACC